GAGUCCGGCUCCACCGAGGGCCGUCAAAGGGGCCGGUGUGUGCGCGGCGCCAGGCCUGGGUGGGGGAGGCGGCCCGGACCCGCCCCCGUCACCCUGCGGGCCUCCGCGGACGUCUUCCCGCGUCCGGCGGCCGCUGCUGGGGGCGGAUUGAGCGAGGAGCAGGAGUCGCGUUACAAUGCGCCGCGGCCUCUCGUAGUCUGCUCUACCGACGGCGGAGGCUCUUGCCUUGUCUUGAUUUUCCCCUUUUUAGCAAAUGCUUAAAUAGCCGUUGUUCUGUUCGGGCAGGCAUCGUGGAAGGCACUUUCCAAGUACUAACUUAGUCCCUUGUCAGGACUCUGGGAGGCAGGCGCUGCUGUCACGUGAGCUCCCCUCCUUCCCCCUUUUCUAACGUGGAGAGGGGAGGAGGUCAGGACCGUCCCAGGGCCAAGCAGCUGCCGUCGUAGGACGCGCCUCCGGGCUGCCCGGCUCCGGGGUCCGUCUGCCGUGCGGGCUCUGCGUCAGCCUUACAGCCACAACCCAGGAUGGUUCUUCUCUCACUGGAGUCUCAUCCUCCACUUUUCGGACCUCAGUCGUCCUGGGCUUCUAGUGAGGAUUUGAGAUGGGAGAAGAACAGACCCGAUCGGAUUUUGGGAUUUCCAGAAGCAAAGAUCAAAGAGGAAUUAUCGAGAAUAGACUCUUUCUGAAGAGUUAAGACUAAGAUGGCCACAGCCUUGGUCCUUCAGACUUCAGAGAUGCAGGAAGGACUUCAGGCAGUAAAGGUAGAAGAGAAAGAGGGGGAUUGUGGCUGUGGGCAGGAAUCUGGCCUGCCGAGAGAGAACCCUCACACCAGAGAGAUCUUUCGGAGACGCUUCCGGCAGUUCUGCUACCAGGAGACCCCUGGGCCCCGCGAAGCUCUUCGAAGACUCCGGGAGCUCUGCCAUCAGUGGCUGCGGCCCGAGACGCACAGCAAGGAGCAGAUCGUGGAGCUGCUGGUGCUGGAGCAGUUCCUGACCAUCCUGCCCGAGGAGCUGCAGGCCUGGGUGCGGGAGCACCGCCCCGAGAGCGGGGAGCAGGCGGUGACCGCGCUGGAGGACCUGGAGAGGGAGCUGGAUGAGCCAGGAGAGCUGGUGGAAGAUGGGAGCACAGAGGUCCCAAGCUAUGCUUGUGAACAGGGAGAGUUUGCGAAGGAGAAAGCAGCUCGGGGACCAGCCCAGGAGUUCCCAGGUGGCCGGUCCCAGCCCUCGGAAGAGCUGCAUCCGUGCCGUGCACGCGAGCUGCGCCCGGUUCCGAUCGGUUGUGCGGCCGGGACUUGGAACAUGGAGUUAGGCCCGGAGAGGGAGCUUUCUACAGAGACGAGGCCUCUUGUGGAAGCACCGGAGAAACCGAACAGUGAUGCUGCUCAAAUGCCUGAGUGCGGAGACCCCUGUGAGCGGGACGGCAGGCUGGAGAGGCAGCGGCCAAACUCUUCCGUGGAGAGACCCUAUGUCUGUGGUGAAUGUGGGAAGAGCUUCACCCAGAAUUCCAUCCUUAUCGAGCACCAGAGGACGCACACGGGGGAGAAGCCCUACGAGUGCGAGGAGUGUGGGCGCGCCUUCGGCCAGCGCUCAGGCCUGUUCCAGCACCAGAGGCUCCACACCGGGGAGAAGCGCUACCAGUGCGGCAUCUGUGGGAAGGCCUUCAGCCAGAACGCCGGGCUCUUCCAUCACCUCCGGAUCCACACGGGGGAGAAGCCCUUCCAGUGCGGCCAGUGCAGCAAGAGCUUUAGCCGACGCUCUGUCCUCAUUAAGCAUCAGAGAAUUCACACCGGGGAGAGGCCUUACAAGUGUGAGGAGUGCGGCAAGAACUUCGUUUACCACUGCAACCUUGUUCAGCAUCGCAAGGUCCACCCCGCGCUCGGGCCGGCCGGCCCCCUGGAGCAGGUGGCGCCACGCGUCCUGCUGUCGGACCACUAGCACGGUUGCAGGGUCUCUGUGGACCCGCACCCAGUUUGCCAUGCGAACGUCUCCGCUCUAUGAUGAAGCCACUGUUUCUGAAUAUAUACCUGUGUCAGAAUCACCUGUGCUGUUUGAACUCCACAGUUUCCUGGGCACUACCCAGACUGGCUGGGUGUUUCUGAGGGCAGAACCUGGGAAUCUGCAUUUUAGCCAGCUUGUCAGUGGUUCUCAGAUAAAAGGUAACUACAUAUAAUUUAUUGCCCAAUCUGGGACACUUGAGAAUAAAAGAGACUGGCAUUAAUAAUUACACCCAGACUAGAGGCAUCACAGGAUGGAUGGUCUUCCACUUAGGACUUUUCCAGCCGAGGAGAGAAGACCAGAUAGAGUAAGAAAGAAUACAGUGUUCUCAUGAAAACUAAGGUAGGACAUCUAUGAAGGAGGCUGUGGGAGAUUUAGUGUAGCCACCACCUGCCUGGUUUGAAAUAAUUCCUGUUAACCUGUAUAUUGGAUUAGCUCAGCAAGGGUGGGUUGUCUACAAAAACCACACUCCUCCUAAAAGGAUUCCCCCAAACCACGAAACAGUUAAGAUAGUGACCGAAUGUGAACCUGUUGAGAUCAUGGUUUACCAGACAAGAUGAAUGACCUAUCAGAAGCUUAAGGAGCGGCUCCGUGUAUCGGGACUGAUGAACUAGUGUGGGAGGCUCACUUGUAAAACUGUGGAGGAAAAGUGGGAGUAUAGGGCACUAGAGGAGAAACUUAGGAGACUAAGGCAGAGUGUGAGCCAUCUUAUUAAGCAAGUAGGAUGGAUGAGGACCAGAUCCGGUGCCAGGUAGCUUUUACUGAUCGAGCUACUUCACUGGCUGUGGAACCGGGGCUGUGUCCCCGCAUUCCCGGAGCUUUCUGCUGACCCAGCGCAGAAGUGCGAGUGGUUCCCUUCCACAGAAGGACGGGACUUGAAACAGUGGAGAGCAAGCCCACGUGCCGCUUUGCUCAGGGUGGUGCUGGUUAUUGCCUCUGACCCGGGGGCCCAGCGCACAGCAGGAUCUGCACGAGGGGGAUCUGCAGGGACCCUGCGGGCUGGGACCCGGGACGACCAGGGUCCUGGGAAGCGGAGGGCUGCGCGGCAUUGUGUGACAGCGGACAGGUGUCCUCGGUGCGAUAGAGAGCUGGGGGCCAAGAUAGAGUGCCCGGGGGCACCAGGAGGACCCGCCUGCUUAAGCCUCUCACAGGCUGCGGCGCUCGCGGCGGCCUGCGGGAGGUGGGAGCCGACCCACCACCGAGAUGAUGGGUCUUCCAGGCUUCCUAGAGAGGCAGCGGGCUGCUGGUGGAGGCGCUCCCGGACGUCGUGACGCACUUUCGGCUGCUGUCGCGGGCGUUAGCGGUGCCUCGUGCUUGCUCCGAAGCGAGGCUUCUCCGCCGGCGGCGCCGCUUCCUCGCGUGGGUCCCCUGAAUCCGGCCCCCCCUGUGUCGGCGCUCGCGGGCACAAGCGCCGCGCUGAGCGGGGAUCAGCGGGCGCGGUGUAGCUGCGGGGAGGCCCGCCGCAUGGACGCGGCCUUGAGGCCGGCAGGUGGUGGUCUGUUCCCUGCGCGGGCCUCCUACGGUCGCGGCCUUGAGGCGUGUCCCUCUGAAAUGCGGUAACGUGGUCCGCGCAAGCGCCGUGUGCGUUUCCGUGGCGAGGAAAACAGAAGUCAGCGCCUCCGUCAAGCACACACUGGGGCACGUGUGCGGGUGCUUAGGGCUUAGCGUGGGAGGAAGCCGGCCGGAAGGGGCGCUCUUCGCCAUGCAGACCCCUGCAGCACCGCCUCGUACAGAAAAUGACUGCGUGCACACUGCCUCGCAGAAGACACCGGCCGGCGCGGGCUUCGGCUCCCCCAGCUCUGCUUGCCCACGUCCGUAGCUGAGUUGGACAGGCUGGCACACAGUGAACUGCGGCAUCGCGCAGGAGACGGAAAGGGCUACUCCACAGAGCGGCGGUAUCCGUCUUUAAGCAGGGAGAGCAUCCUUACCUUCAAAUCAUUGGCCUGGCCACAGCGAUUCACUCUGACUAAAUAUGUUCUUAGUUUGGAAUUGAUCUCUGUUAACAGUGAUGUGUUAUGUGUUAUCAUGAGCCUUAAACUCUCCCUGCUGUUGUAACGAGCCAGUCUUCUGAGCUGUUGUGCCCAGGAAUGGAUUCAGUCUAGCCCUUUUGGACUGCAGAACGGAAGGAAUGUCAACUAGUUACAGAAUCUAGGCUGCACAAAAAUGGUGCUUCUGACAGGAGUUCUUCAGAAAAAACUUAAGGCAGUUCUGCUGGGAGGAUUCCCUUGGGCCUCAGAAGUCCAACUCUAGGCUCUCUGUUGUCAGUGGCUGCAGCCCAAGACCCACAGCAAGGAGCAGAUCGUGGAGCUGUUGGUGCCCGAGCAGUUCCUGACCAUCCUGCCCGACGAGCUCCAGGCCCGGGUGCGGGAGCAGCCCAGAGUACAGGGAGGAGGCUGUUUCUGGACUUGGAGGGCUUGUCCAGGAAGCUGAAUAUCCCCGAGGAAAGGUGAGAUGAGGAAGAAAUGAUCUAUCCUCAGAAGGCAGGUGUUCUCUAUAGAGAGAGAUAAGAGAGUUGAGAUCUCCUCUCAUGUGUAGUGAGGGAAAUGGCCAAGAUGUACUGGCCAGAGUUGUAUCCCUGUAAGGACCUGCCCCUCCCAGAGGAACUAGCUUGUGGACCCCGGAAGUAGGGGCGGGCAGGCUGGGUGAAGACGUCCAAUCGGUGUGGCGUGGGUAUAUCCACUGGGUGAAUUAGGAUUUAAUUGGCUACCUGUGUAGGGGCGGGGCUCAACCACCCCCAAAGAGGUUGGUCUGCGAGGCUGUCGAGGAGAAGGAGAGCUGUCAGAAGAAGGAAGAAGCAGCAGCAGAAGAGUCGGUGGGAGCAGCAGAGAGAAGAGAG